AUGAAUUCAAAUUCGCAAAAAUGGGCCUGGUCAAAAGUAAAAAUUUCGAAUAUUUCAAAAGAAAUCGAUCAAAUGACACCAAAAGGGAAAGCUAUGUUGGUUGUUAAGGCUUGUCGUUUAAUGUGCGAUUCAAUUGGUGUUCGAUUUUUAAGUGAUAGUCGAGUGUUUUGGUUAUCUUAUGCAGCUGGUACUAUGGUGCUCAUUUAUUUGAUAUUGGCCGUUUACACCGUUAUAUACAAUACUUAUAAUAAUAACUUUUCGCACGGCAUAAAAGCAACGUGCGUUGUUGGAAUUGCCGUUCCAAGUGUCCUAUUGUACUUUGAAACCAUAAACUCCAAUCGCUUUAUGUACCGACGAAUCUUGCUUUUUGCGACCGAUUUCAUCUAUCCGGAUACAAAAGAAGACACCAAAUUGAACAAUUUAUGCGAUUUUUAUGGUAAAAAAUCGAUAAGAAUGACGAUACUGUUCAUGAAUUUUAUCCUAUUAUCGACUGCUCAAGCAAUGAUCGGUCCAAUGUUGGAAUUUAUGAAGACCGGUCAUUUGAUCACAUUUUUGGCCAUAAAAUUGCCAUUCCUCGAUGAAGAUGUGGUGUGGGCUUUUCACCUUAAUUUGAUGCUUCAAACAACGAUUACUACAUUUGGUACAAUCGGCGGUUUGGCCAUCGAAACAACGUCGUGCAUCAUCAACAAUACAAUCAUGUUAUGUUCAGAGAUUAUUUUAAUGGACUGUUCAGAAUUAGGGAAUCAAUUGGAAACUGGAACAACGCCACCGCAUCAGAUUUAUGUUAAGCUUUGAAAUAUUUUCAUGAAAUAUCAAGAUAUGGACCGUUAUAUAUUGGAUAUGGCAACAUUAUACUAUUGGAGAAUGUUUUCAGCACCAGUUUUGAUCGUUUAUUCAGUGUCAAUGUCAAUCUUCUGU